UCUGCCACGGGCACCCGCAGGGACCCUGGCGGCGGCGGGUGACACUUGGGGCGGCAUGGCCGAAGCUGGCGGGGCCGGCUCCCCUACACUGCCGCCGGCUCCCCAGCACGGCUCUCCCCGGACCCUGGCCUCCGCCGCCGGGAGCUCUGCUUCCUGCGGGCCAGCGACCGCGGUGGCCGCGGCAGGCACAGCCGAGGGACCGGGAGGCGGCGGCUCGGCCCGGAUCGCCGUGAAGAAGGCGCAACUGCGCUCGGCUCCGCGGGCGAAGAAACUGGAGAAACUCGGCGUGUACUCCGCCUGCAAGGCAGAAGAGUCCUGUAAAUGCAAUGGCUGGAAGAACCCCAACCCCUCUCCCACUCCACCAAGAGCAGACCUCCAGCAAAUAAUCGUUAGUCUGACUGAAUCCUGCCGGAGCUGUAGCCAUGCCCUUGCUGCUCAUGUUUCCCACUUGGAGAAUGCAUCAGAGGAGGAAAUGAACAGACUCCUGGGAAUUGUGUUGGAUGUGGAGUACCUCUUUACCUGUGUCCACAAAGAAGAAGAUGCAGAUACCAAACAAGUUUAUUUCUACCUAUUCAAGCUCUUGAGAAAGUCUAUUUUGCAAAGAGGAAAACCUGUGGUUGAAGGCUCCUUGGAGAAGAAGCCCCCAUUUGAAAAACCCAGUAUUGAACAGGGUGUAAAUAACUUUGUACAGUACAAGUUUAGUCACUUGCCAUCAAAAGAGAGGCAGACAACAGUUGAGCUGGCCAAGAUGUUUCUGAACCGAAUCAACUACUGGCACCUGGAAGCUCCGUCACAGCGCAGACUGCGAUCUCCCAAUGAUGACAUCUCUGGAUACAAGGAGAACUACACAAGGUGGUUGUGCUACUGUAAUGUACCACAGUUCUGUGACAGCCUACCUCGGUAUGAAACCACAAAGGUGUUUGGGAGAACACUGCUUCGCUCAGUCUUUACCAUCAUGAGACGACAACUCCUGGAGCAAGCCAGACAGGAAAAAGACAAGCUGCCUCUUGAGAAACGCACAUUAAUCCUCACACAUUUCCCAAAGUUUCUGUCCAUGUUGGAAGAAGAAGUGUAUAGUCAAAACUCUCCUAUCUGGGAUCAGGAUUUUCUGUCAGCCUCUUCCAGAACCAGCCCACUAGGAAUCCAAACAGUGAUCAGUCCUCCUGUUACUGGGACAGCAUCUUUCUGCACAAAUGCCUCUUCCCAUGAGCAGAUCAAUGGAGAUAGAACAAGUCCUGGUUGCAGAGGUCCUUCUGGGCUUGAAGCAAACCCAGGAGAAAAGAGGAAAAUGAACAACUCUCAUGCUCCGGAGGAAACCAAGAGAUCCCGAGUGUCGGGGGAUAUUCCUGUGGAAUUGAUCAAUGAGGUCAUGUCUACCAUCACAGACCCUGCGGUGAUGCUUGGACCAGAGACCAAUUUUCUGUCAGCACAUUCAGCCAGAGAUGAGGCGGCAAGACUGGAAGAGCGCAGGGGUGUCAUUGAAUUCCAUGUGGUGGGCAAUUCCUUGAGCCAGAAACCGAGCAAGAAGAUGCUGAUGUGGCUGGUGGGUCUGCAGAAUGUGUUUUCUCACCAGCUGCCUCGAAUGCCCAAAGAAUACAUCACACGACUCGUGUUCGACCCGAAACACAAAACCCUUGCUUUAAUUAAAGAUGGCCGUGUCAUUGGUGGUAUCUGUUUCCGGAUGUUUCCAUCCCAGGGAUUCACAGAAAUUGUUUUCUGUGCAGUAACUUCAAAUGAACAAGUCAAGGGCUAUGGAACACACCUGAUGAACCAUCUCAAAGAAUACCACAUAAAGCAUGAUGUUCUGAACUUCCUCACAUAUGCGGAUGAGUACGCCAUCGGCUACUUCAAGAAGCAGGGUUUCUCCAAAGAAAUCAAAAUACCUAAAACCAAAUAUGUCGGAUACAUCAAGGAUUAUGAAGGUGCCACUUUGAUGGGAUGUGAGUUGAAUCCUCAGAUCCCAUACACAGAGUUCUCUGUCAUCAUUAAAAAGCAGAAGGAGAUCAUUAAAAAGCUGAUAGAAAGAAAACAAGCCCAGAUUCGAAAAGUCUACCCUGGACUUUCGUGUUUCAAAGCUGGAGUUCGGCAGAUCCCUAUAGAAAGCAUUCCUGGAAUCAGAGAGACAGGCUGGAAACCAAGUGGAAAAGAGAAAAGUAAAGAGCCCAGAGACCCAGAACAGCUUUACAGCACCCUCAAGACCAUCCUGCAGCAGGUGAAGAGCCAUCAAAGCGCUUGGCCUUUCAUGGAACCUGUGAAGAGAACAGAAGCUCCAGGAUAUUAUGAAGUUAUAAGGUUCCCUAUGGAUCUGAAGACCAUGAGCGAACGCCUCAGGAACAGGUACUAUGUUUCUAAGAAAUUAUUCAUGGCGGACUUGCAGCGAGUGUUCACCAACUGCAAGGAGUACAACCCUCCUGAGAGCGAGUACUACAAAUGUGCCAGCAUCCUGGAGAAGUUCUUCUUCAGUAAAGUUAAAGAAGCCGGGUUGAUUGAUAAGUGAUUUCUUUUACUUAGACACUCAACAGCAGUGUGCCUAAAGCAGGUGGUUUAGGUUUUGGGCUUUUUUUUUUUUGGUUUGUUUUUGUUUUUUGUUAUUGUUAUUUGUUUUUAAGAAUUGUAUAUCAUGUGUUGAAGAGACUUGUAAUAAUUAGCACUUUUGAAAAACAAACAAAACCUCCUUUAGCUUUUCAGAGACUUAUUUAAAUGGAAGUCAUAGAAAAAAUUAUUUUGUGGGAUAGAUUUUACUAUUUCCUACUAUCAUGUAAAUUUUCUUUGGCAUAUCCAGUAGCUAACAGAUGAUCAGGGGCUUCCUCAAAACCUGUAUGCGAGGAAAUUGCACACAGUGUCAAUAUUUAGGGGAUCUAGAGAAAAUUCUGACCAUGAAUGUCUCCAUUUUUUUCUAAUGGAACAUGAGAGUUUAUUUUAUUCUGAAGGACUUUAAGGGUCCACAAUAUGCCUGUCAAGGUAAACUAUGUGAUAUUUGAAGUCUCAUUGUAGACCUUUUACAAAUAUAUAUUUUUAAAACACUCAUCUGGAAGAGGUGCUCAGAGCAGUUCUGAAAAAUGCAGCUUCCCCAACAGCAGCUGCCUGGACUCUUUGAAAGUGCCCAGGGCUUUGUUGUCCUGUCUGCCUAUCACAGGCUUGAGUGCACAACCACUAUGGAAUAAUUCUCGGCAGAUAUGUAUCAAUAGCAUAUUUGCCUUUGCUUGUGCAGGCUUUAAGUUCUAAAAGAUCCUUUACCAGGUCACAAAGGUGUCAACUUGAAAACAUUGGAGGUUUUGUCAAUGUUAAGACAUAUAGCCUAAAUAUUUAUGAAUGUUGGGGAGUCUUACUACAAAUGAGUAAGGAUUCUUUGUAUUUUUCUGGUACAAUUAACCUUAUUAGCAAUGUCUAUGUGAACAUUUCCCAUUUGCACUUCCAGAUUUAUAUUUGUCUGACGUGAACUGAAUUCUCACCAAAGUUUAUGCCAGUAUUUUAACCCCUGAGUCGUUUCAAUGGUCCCUGAUAAAAUCCCACUAACAUCCACCCACUAUGAAACAAACCCUAUAUCUGGAGCUGGAGAGAAGGCUCAGGGUUAAGAGCACCUCCCAUUUUCCCAGAGGACAUCAGGUUGAUUCCCAGCAGCAACAUCCAAAAUGGUAUAAUCUUAUUAACCAGUUUGACUGGGGACUCAAGCUUAGUGCUUGGAUUUAUUUCCUGAUUACACUACAUAGAAAAGUGGGACUCCUGCCACCCCAACUCUGGGAAAAACCAACUAAUAUACAACCAUUUUAAUCUCAAUGGUGUCGACACUAAUUUUUAUGAUGCAAAUUUAUAAACUGAUUUUUUUGGUAAAGGCUGAGGUUUUAAAAAUGUAUUUAAUGUAUGUUUUCUAUCAGCAUAAAUUAUAAUAGGUCACUAAUGUCAUUAAAACAGCUUGCAGAGGUAGUGUGCUUGAAGGAAAACGCCCUGGCAAUGCUACUGAGCACUGCUUCUGACACGGAGGUAUUCUAUACGUUCAGAGUGUCCACUGAGGACCACACUGAAGAUGCCUCAGCUUUUGAAUUGCAAGGAACACUCUAAGUGGUGUCUAGACUUUUAAUGAAGAAUGAUAAUACAGAUUGCAUUAAGUAUCGCAGACUGUUUUUAAAACCAGAUUUUGCUGAAGCAUCUGUCCAGCUUGGUAUCCUGUGAAAGUUUGUUUCCUGGGUAGACAUUCUUAUAGAGUAUUGUCUUUAAAAUCAGAUGGUCUCUUCUAUAUUGAAAGCAUUUUUAUGUUUUCUAAUUUAAAAAUUAAUAUUUUCUUAUAGCUAUUGUGCAAUAAAGCUGAAGUAGAAUGUGUGGUUUUUGCAAAUGCUUUAACAGCUGAUAAAAUUUUACAUUUGUAAAAUUAAUAUAUUGUACUGGUACAAAAUAAUUUUAAAUUAUAUUUUAAAAAAUUC